AUGGAAUGCGGAAACAUGGGUCUGUUCGACCGCGGAGUCCAGAUGCUGCUGACCACGGUGGGAGCCUUCGCGGCCUUCAGCCUCAUGACCAUCGCGGUCGGCACGGACUACUGGCUGUACUCCCGCGGCGUCUGCAAGACCAAGUCCAUGAGCGAGAACGAGACCAGCAAGAAGAACGAGGAGGUGAUGACCCACUCGGGCCUGUGGAGGACAUGCUGCUUGGAAGGAAACUUCAAGGGGAUGUGUAAACAGAUAGACCACUUUCCUGAGGAAACAGAUUACGAAGCGGACCCAUCUGAGUACUUCUUGCGUGCGGUGCGAGCCUCCAGCAUCUUCCCCAUCCUCAGUGUCAUCCUGCUCUUCAUGGGAGGCCUGUGUAUAGCUGCCAGUGAGUUCUACAAGUCACGCCACAACAUCAUCCUCAGCGCAGGAAUCUUCUUUGUGUCUGCAGGCCUGAGCAACAUCAUCGGGAUCAUCGUGUACAUAUCAGCCAACGCAGGGGACCCUUCAAAAAGCGACUCGAAGAAGAACAGCUACUCUUACGGCUGGUCCUUCUACUUCGGUGCCCUCUCCUUCAUCAUGGCUGAGAUGGUGGGUGUCUUGGCCGUGCACAUGUUCAUCGACCGCCAUCGGCAGCUCCGAAUAGGAGCGCGCGCAGCCGACUAUCUCCAAGGCUCGGCCAUAACGCGAAUCCCCAGCUAUCGUUACCGCUACAGACGUCGCUCGCGCUCCUCCUCCCGCUCCACAGACCCAUCACACUCCCGCGACACCUCGCCGGUGGGCCUCAAGGGCUUCAGCGCUCUGCCAUCCACAGAGAUCUCCAUGUACACGCUGCCCCGGGACACCCUCAAGUCCUCCGGCACGCCCACCGCCACCUACAACUCUGAGAGGGACCACAACUUCCUGCAAGUCCACAACUGCAUCCCUAAGGACCUGAAAGACUCAAGCCACACCAACACAGCGAACCGACGCACCACACCGGUAUGAGGGAGUCGACAUAGGCCAGGCCGGCCCGGCGGAGACCAGGAGACACGGGAACCCCUGUGGGUGCAGUACGCCCCAGGAGAAGAUGGAUUUCCAUGUUUAUAGACAUUUGUUCUUUUUGUUCAGCUGCAUGACUUUUCCAUUACCAUUGUUGAGAGAGUUUCAACAAGUCUGCUGUGUUCCUGGAUUAAAUGGCAGAACAGUGAGAAUGGGUCAGGUUGUCUCUCUCUCUCUAGAGAGAGAGAGAGAGAGU